CUCUGCUGAGAGGGGAUUCCGAAGGCGGCGAUAGCCUCAGUAAUUGCGCCGCGGCCCAAAGGGGAGAACACGACCGGAGGGACGCGCUGGAGCCUGUUUAUAUCCCUGUCGGGACCGCGCCAGGAGGGGAGGCUGAGGCCGAGAAUUUAAAAGCCUGACCCGGGAGGACUUUGGCGUCUAGUUGUCAUAACAACCGGCUGACCGGCGGCAGGAGGGUGUCGGGGUCGGAGGUUUGGGAGGAGCUAACGGGCUGCAGCCAAGAAACGGACGUGGAGCCAGUCAGGAUUCGGGGGGACCUGCUGUUUCGUGCAGCGUUUAGCGUAAACCUCGUCUGCUGGGUUCCUUGGAUGAUGGCACGCUGAGAAGCAUCCCAUGGCAUCCCAUGACAAAGAUGUGGGGCCCUUACUGCCCAAUCCCUGGGAUGCCAUCCUUGAGGCCGUCAAGGAGCAGCUCCCAUCUCUGGACUCAGAUUCCUCCUCGUCAAACUGUGAGGAAGAGGAGCUGAUCAUCUUCCAGCGAAAUCAAACCGCCCUGAUUCCAGACUUGUCAGAAGAACUGGCCGAAGACCCUGACGGGGCCUGGGUCACUUCCUCUGGGUCUCCUCCUGAGCCAGCUGUAGUGCCUGUGGAAUCUGCCGGGGAACCCUGGGGAGAGUGGAACGCUGGGCCCCAGCCCCAGAAGUCAGCCUCUCUGGAAGGAAGGGCCCCUGGCAGGCCUUUGCAGAGCUGUAAUGAGAGCAGCUCUCUUCUCAGGAUGCCUGCAGAGACCCCCACGUGGCAGGAUGACAAUGGGGGCACAGCCUUCAACACCAGUACAUCACAGAGUCCUUGCCAGGGGCCACAGGGAGAGGCCACUCUCUCCCCUCAGGAAGCAGGCCUGCAGACAGAGCCCCCAGGCGCUGCCUCAUGGGCCCAGGAAGGCUCAGACUCUGCAAACCGCAGAGCCCUCCAGAGGGAGAGAAGGAAGAUGAUCAAGAAAGACAUACUUCACAAAGUCACCUGGGAUGCCCAGGACCCAGCCUGCCAAGACCUGAGUGGAGUGAAGGAGAUGCCCUGUGAUGCUGCGGAAACGCUGCCGGAGGGGCCCCAGGGGGGACUGCCCUUGCUCUCCCUCCACCAACUUGAAGAGUGGGAUUUGGAUCAAGUCCUUCAGAGUCUGACAGGGCGAGAAGAGGACCCGGGAGAUGGCGCUUCUGGAGCCGCAUGGUGGGCAGCGGACCGCCUCCAGGGCCGAGACCAUGCCAAGCCGAGCACCCAGGACAGGCUCAUGGAACAACUCACCCUCCUGUGUGCCACGCAGUCCAGAGCCUUUUCCUCUGCCUGGAGGGUGCCUUCUGACACGCCCCAGGACAUCAAGCCGCAGGAGGCCGGAAGCAGAUGCGCUUCCAAGGAGCUGGGCUUCCAGGCGCUGGCCAUGGACACGAGGCUAAGGAGCCCAGCGGAGCCUCCCACCGUCUUCAUUGACCUGCGGCCGACAAAGCCAUCAGACCAGGGGCCCUCGGAAAGCUCCAGCUCCAGCUCCAGCUCCCACUCCAGCUGCAGCUCCAGCUCCUCUGACAGCGAGGAGGAGGGGGAAGAGGAGACAGCAGCUCAGCGAGACCAGCAGGGCCCAGCCAGGCUAUGGGACUGCACGGGGAAGAGUCAGCUCCUCCAACAGCUCCGGGCCUUUCGGAAGGCAUUGGCUCAGCCCAAGCUGCCAGCUGGCGAGGGUCCCGGAAGCCAGAAGGCUCAGGCCCCUGGAGAUACGGCUGGAUCCAGCUCCGGGGGGAAGCAACAUGUAACACUCUGGGCUGAGAGACAGAGUGCCCAGGCCAGACCCCCAGGAGGAAGUCCCAGGGCCCUGGGGGACUCUCUUGGGCCAGGGACAGCCAGGGAGGCCCUGGUGCCUCCUCCAGGCCAAUUGUAGAUGCCUCUGGUAACAGAUCUGAAAAGGUGAAUAAUCUGAGGUGAAUAAAUGGAUAAUCUGACUUUCCAUCGACACCCGAGGCCCUGGUGGUCCCCUCGCUCCCCCGUCU